GCUGGUGUUACAGAGUGAAACUGUAUUCAGAAGAAGCGGCGGCGUUUUGAAAACCGUGUUAGGAAGUAGCAUUUUUGUUUCGUUUUGAAUGUGUAGAUUAAUUGUAUCCGUCUAGUUUAUAUAGAUAUACACACAUUUUAUUAGCGGCUGUAAUUGUAUUUGGUUAAACCGAGUUGUGUUGUUUUGAUUUGAAACACAGUAAAGUACUUCUGGUGUAAAUUAUAAAGUGGGCGUUGUCUUUUUUUUUUUUUUUUUUUUUUUUUUUUUUUUUUUAAGUACAGCGUAUGCUUGACAUUGUUUUUGUUUGUUUGUUUUUAACCCGCAAUCUACAUUUAAAUCCCAGUACUUGUCGGUUACGUAAGGUGGUAAAAUGCCGAGAAGUGUACGCAUUAGGACUACGAAAAUAGCAACCGAUUCAUCCCCAGUUAGUUGGGACCCAGAUAUUAAUAUUAUUCGAAACCUCGACGAAGAUUUGGUGAGAGAAGACGAUCCUGUUGAUCGAAGUCAUCAAGCAAUUCCCAAGGCCAGAAGCGCAAUUCUGCAAAGAUCUGAAACACAUCAGACGGGGAACAUUGUGUCACAUAACAGUGUACGUUCAUCCACCAGCAAAACUAGCAAGAAGUGGUCAGCCAGACUAUUUCCAAUGCUUUGUUGCAUUGUAAUACUUUCCGUUGUUGCAUUCCUUUUGGCAUUCGUCUAUGUCUUUUUAAAAGAUUUGCGUUCGGAGAAAGAAAAAAAUGAAGAUGGUACGGAAAUAAACAUACUGGGAUUUUGGAGUUUGCUGGUUUUGUCCUUGAGUGCUGGGCUGACCUGUUGCAGUUUUUCCUGGACCUUGACUUACUUUGAUUCAUUUGAACCUGGAAUGUUUCCCCCGACUCCUCUCUCUCCAGCACGCUUUAGGAAGUUAACUGGCCAUUCCUUUCACAUUGGCUACAGCAUGGCAAUACUAAAUGGAAUAAUGGCGGCACUGACAGUAAUUUGGUGUCUUAUUUGAACAUGGUCUGCACCGACUAACCUACUUUCUUUGAAACCAGGAAUCUACAGCAAUCACUUGUCUAGACAUGCUGUAUAAUCUUGUCCGAGUUUGACCUAUGGAAAUGUGCUAUUAAACUCACUGUUAAA